CAGUUCAAAAUGUUGGUUAUUGCAGGCGAUACUGUGCUGAUGUUGUGACGUUAAAGAUUUUCUAACAGUAUACUUCAAACAAUCGCGUCCUAAACGCGUUUAAUUGAAACUUUAUUCAAAAUUUGCUAAAUAUGGCUGCUGUGAGUUCUAUAUCAAAUGUCGAAAACUUAUCUCCACAAAUUAUUCGACGUGUGGCUAAAGAAAUGAGUGAAUUAGCUGAACAACCACCCGAGGGUAUUCGAGUUGUUUUAAACGAAGAAGAUGUUACUGACAUUCAAGCUAUUAUAGAAGGACCCUCGGGAACGCCAUAUGCUGGCGGUUUCUUCAGAGUAAAAUUAGCUCUUGGCAAAGAUUUUCCUCAAGGACCACCAAAGGCAUUUUUCCUUACAAAAAUUUUUCAUCCAAAUGUUGCAAAAAAUGGAGAAAUUUGUGUCAAUACCUUAAAAAAGGAUUGGAAAUCAGAUCUCGGAAUUAAACAUAUAUUACUAACUGUAAAAUGUCUCUUAAUAGUGCCAAAUGCAGAAUCUGCUUUAAAUGAAGAAGCUGGUAAAUUAUUAUUAGAAAGGUAUGACGAUUAUUCCGAACGAGCAAAAAUGAUGACAGAAAUACAUGCACAGGGAGGCGGGAAAGGCAGCAAAGCAGGUCUGGAUAGUUGCACAUCCUCUGAAAUCGGAGGACCCCUCCCAAAAAAGCAUGCAGGAGAUAAAAAACUAUCAGCAGAAAAGAAAAAGAUAUUGAAGGACAAGAAGAGGACACUCAAAAGAUUAUAAAAAAAUCAACACAAUUUAUCUAUCUUUUAUAAUUUAAAACACUGGUGUGGUAACAUUGCCUCAUAUUGUACACAAUUAUUGCAUAGUAAAAAUUUAUUAUCUAAA